AGCAAGUCUCAGCGGUUAUAGGCUUGUGUAACGUCACAAUUUGACUUAAUGGAAGUUAAAGUAGGAGUUAAAGCAGUCGGGACGUGUUUGGAUGUUAGCCACAGUGUUCAAAGAAUAAAUAAAACAAGUGAUUCUGCUGCGACAACAGCGGUAGCUUGCCCUGUCGGAAAGAGAAGAAGUAGAAGAAAUACUCGGAAGUGACGCUAAACAUGAGUGAAAGUGGCGCGCAGCUGUUCGCUCGUUUGGAUGGUCGCCGCAGUGUGCGUGACAUCGAACCUCGUCUAUUCCCAGACGAUGGUGGCCCCGGGCCAGGUGAGGUGGUGGAGCUCUUUGGGUCGGAGGGAACAGGUAAGACAGAGCUGCUCUACCACUUCCUGUGUCGAGGUGUGCUACCUGUGGCGGCGGGCGGGCUGGAGGUAGAAGUCGCCUUCAUGGACACUGACUACUGUCUGGACAUGUUACGUGUGGUCAGCAUCCUGGACAGCAGGCUGAGCGCUGCUUCUUCCCCUGGCUCGCCAUCAUCGUCACAUGACGCUGCAGUGCGCUCAUGUCUGUCCCGCCUUCUGGUGAUGCACUGUUCCUCCUCCUCCCAGCUCCUUCUCACCCUCCACUCCUUGGAGACGUGGUUGGCGUCGCGGGCGGGCCUGGCGCUCCUCCUCAUUGACAGCGUGUCUGCUUUUUAUUGGCUGGACCGCUGUGAGGGCGGGCCCAGCGUCAGCAAGCAGGACGAGAAGCUGGGCAGGUGUGCGCAGCUGCUGGCUCGUCUGCUCAGGGAUUACAGAAUCAGCGCGUUCGCCUCUUGUCAUGCCAACAGGAGGUACUCCAGUGGACCCUCCUCCUCUGAACCUGAGCAGCCGUACCUGUGUCGCCCCUGGCAACGACUAGUAACACACCGCAUGCUGUGCUCCAAGCAGGGGGCUGCUCCAGAAGGUGGCAAGGAGCACAAGAGAAGUCAACUGUUCACCGUGCACUGCACCACCACCACUAAGACACAGUCUUACAGGACCUGCUCCUUUCGUGUGACUGAUGGCGGUGUGCAUUUUAUAUGACGCUCCUCCUCAUCUCCACCUUGAUAUAUACUGCACUUAAGGACGUUCUAAAUGAUGACGCUUCGCUCCGCUAACGUUAACCACCAGGAGGCCAUUUUUUGGCUGUAACGGUACAUUCUAGAUCAACGUUCAUGAACUAGAAAAUUUGUAUUUUUUUUGUAUUUGUUGAAGUUUUUUUAAGUAAAGACAUUUUUUUAAGUUUGAGAAAAUUUAUAAAUUUUUAUUUUAUUUUUGUGAAGAGUUGUGUAUUUUCAAGAACAAAACUUUUUAGGAAAAUGUUGGAUAUUUGUAAAAAAAAAAGUAUGUUUUACAUAUUUUUUAAAAGUUAAAAUGUAUGGGUUUGAGAAAAUAGACAUUUUUUGGAGGAAAGAAAAAAAAGCCAUAAAGUUGUUUUAAUAAAACAAAAUAUUUUAUUAUUAUAUUAACAUUACACUUAGGAGAAUAGAAAAGAUUUUUUUUAAAGAAAAAAAAACAAUUUUCAAGAAAAAAAAUGUCAUAAAAAUAUUGUCCUAGUAUAAAGUUAUAUUGUUUUAAGUAAAGAUGAAUGUUUUGAUUACACUUACGAGAAUAGAAAUAGAAGAAAUAAAUUUUAUAUUUUGUCUGGAAAAAAAUUAUCUUUGCAUAUUUUGGUGGAAAAAGACUGUAAACAAAGGCUGUAAACCGAGAAUUCAUUUAUAUA